GUCGUCGUCGUCGCCAUCGCCAUCACCGCCACCGACGUCGUCGUCGUCACCGCCGCCACUGCCGCCACUGCCGCCACCGUCGUCGUCGUCGUCGUCGUCGUCGCCGUCGCCGCCGUUGUAGUCGCCACCGUCGCUGGCGCCGCCGAGCUGUAUAUCAUAUAUUCCGUACCCCGCCGGACGACCGACCGGAGAGUGUUCCCGGCGAUCGCGCUCGACACACGCAGCAGCAACACGAGCGUCACGAGCACCCCGCAGCAGUCGUCAACGACAGGGUCCUGUACGGCGGUGGCCGCGUAAGAUGUAACGUGAGCAAGAAAGAAACACGAAAACACGGAACAAAGAAGCAAUACAAUACGAAACGAAAUAAUAAUUUAAAAAAAUGAAGGGAACCAAAUGCCCAAUGCAGACAACACGUUCUCGCCAGCAAUCAUUUCAUCACGCUGGUGUCGUGAUGUAUUUUAUUUGUGCGCAAUUGAUGAUAUCCAUUGAUUCAGCAGCUCUUGUGGACGCUGCGGCCGUCGGAGUGGCCAUCGAGGACAAAGUGACGUUACCGUCAAGAAACGAAGCGACAAACCCGUUAAAAGAACCGACGCCCAGCACGCUGCAGGGGGCGUUCUUAAGCGGCAACCUGACAGACGUCACCAACGGUAGCACCAGCACCCCGCCGGCCGAGGUGUCCGUCACGUCCACGACCGCGGCUGCGGCCGCCGAAACGGUUUGGAACGUGCAGACGGCUGCAGUGGCCACCCUGCCAGCCGAUGGACGCAACGGUUCGGCAAUGGCCACCAAAUUGGAGCCGGUCACCACUAACAGACCGCUGGAAUCGUGGGCGGACGUCGUUCACACAAGCACCGAACGGCCGUCGUCGUCGUCGCCGUCCUUGUUGCAGUCGUCUCUGUCGUCUGUGGUUGACUCGACCACUCAAGAAGUGAUCCGCGGCGGCGAUUACGGUCAUGACCUGAGCAACAAGAAUCUUGUGGCCAACAUGCUGAAAAGCUGGUUUAACCACAAAGAUGACCCGGCCACGCCCGGUGUGGCCAGCAACAAGGGAUAUUAUACAAUGGCGACCAAAUAUGUGAUCAAGAACGGCGGCAAAGAGAAGGAAAGUGUGCCAACGGGCAACGGAAUUGAAGAAGAGGGGCCCGGUGUGGUCCCGGCACCGUCAUCCAAAGCGGUUACGGUGGCCGUCAACAAGAGCCUGUUCGAGCGAUGGGACGAGGCGAGUGAGGAACAGGAACGCGUGCUGGAGGACGCCAUGCGUUCCGAAGGACCUACGGGUGACGGUGGAGGCGGAGGUAAUGGCGGCGGCUCAUCGUCGUCAGUGUUGGCCGCCGAUCAAAACACGCCCAGCCGGUGGUUCGUGUUACUGUUGUCCGGCAACUCGACCGUGGCGCAGAUGCGGCGCACUGAUUUCGCAAAGUAUCUCAAGCUGAACCUUGCGGCCAGGCUGUCGCUGGAAUACGACGAGGUCAAGAUCAACCGCGUGUUGGUCGUCCCUCCUCGUCUCAUGGUCAACGUCAGCGUGGUACCCGUCUCUGAACGGACCUCGUCGGCCGCUGCUGCGGCCGCUGUCGCCGCUGUUGCGUCGUCCUCGUUUUCGUCCUGGUCGCCAUCGGCCUCCGACAAGACGUCAGCGGCUAUUUCCGAUCGGGUGGUAGAGGACGACGACCCGCUGCACAAUCUGGUCGAAACCAAUGCCACGCUCAUGGAACUGUCCGGAGAAGAAUAUCGGGUGGAGAGAUUCAUGUCACUGAAAUCGCAAAAGCCACAAUCGAUGGAUGAGGCGACGGCCGUGGUGAGUGACAGGCACGCGGACAUCGACUUCUUUAUAUACGCGACGGUGGGCCCGCUGUGCUUCAUCGUCGUGCUCGGGUUCUUGUUGUUGACGCUGUACAAGUAUGUGCGCAAACAUCCGAUCCAGUGGCCGUGGACACGCAAGUUCCGGCAGCCGUCGUUCUGGCCGGGUGGCGAACAUCAACACCGCCACCGUCGGAUGACGGACGAGUGCGGCGGAAGCGGAUGCGACUUUGGAGUGUCGUCGUCGGUCGAUGACGAGACGUCCGGCGGUGGCGGUGGCUCGGUGAACGUCAUAUACUCGGGCGAGUUCGAGCAGAGCCAACAGCAACAGCUGUCCGGUUCGUGGUUGGACGACGCCAGUUUCGUGCCUGACGACAGCCUGGACAGGAUACGCACACCUACGCUGCGGCGGACGGUUCCACCCAAGAACAAGACGUUCACGGACAUGCUACAGCAGAGUAGCGGCGGUGACGGCGAUGACACCGGCGUCGGUGUUGGUGCUGCGGGCGGCGGCGGAGGCGCCGACGGAGGCUCCGGCCAACAUCUGCACCGUUACCGGUCGUCGCGCGAUGGACAGUGCGCGGCCGCCGUGCACCACGCGCAGAGCCCUCGCCUCAGCCGGGACAACAAGCUGCGCAUAUUGGGAUGCAAACAGUCGUGUCUGCUGCUUCCCGCCGUACAACCGGUGGCCGCCGAAAAGACGACGGCGGCGACGACGACGAUGUCACCUCCACCGCCGCCACCACCGCUGCCCCCGUUGUCGCCGUCCCAAUCGUCGGCGGCACCGGUUGCAGGCGACCGACAGCCCUGAACGCGUACCUGAUGAGCAACAUCAGAGUAUACAACACGCGUGUAUACAGGGCGUUUUUAGAAUGUCGGUCGGAUAAGUGAUAAUAGCUGGAUACAUACCGUGGAUAAGUGCUCGUUUUUCCACACUCUCUUUGUUCGUCAAAAAUUUACAAAACAUAAAAAAUAUGUAUACAUAAAAAAAGGGUUAGGGGUUAGCCGUUUUCGUUUCUUACACACAAAUAAACACACACUACACACACACACACUACACACACACAUACGCGAGAGGCGUCUCGAAUAUAUUUCAGUCGUCAGAGGACAAUAUUAUAAUAUUAUAUUUUAACAUAAUAAUAUUAUAUUUGUUGUUUAGUACCCGCGUAUAUAUACAUAAUAUUAUACAGAGGCACUAAAUACCCGUUACCCGCACGAAUGUAAUUUUACAUUACCCUAUAAGCGUAUUCAAUAUUUUAUUGUCAUACAUCAUACAAUAAUUAUGUACAUUGUUGUUGUGACGUUGUUGCAUAAACAUAAUGAUAUAUAUUCAUAUUUUCGUGAUUAUUUUUAUUAUUAUUGCUAUUAUUGGUAGAGUCACUAAAAUCGAAAAAUGCACCUCACGGAACUCAUCAACAAUAUUAUAUAAAUCAUAAAUAAUAAUAAUUGUUUUUCGUACGUCAUUGACCAUACAUUAUAAUAUAUACGUACCACACAGUAUAAAUUAUAUAUAUAGUAUACUAUAUGUACUUAUUUAUAAUUACUCUAUUUUAUUACGAGCAUUACAUAAUAUUUUAUAUAUCAAUGGUCUAUAAUUUACAUAUUAUGUAUACCUACCAAAUGUAUUAUAUAUUAACGACUUGCGGUAGAUUCGUCUCAAUUUGUACAUUUUAGCUACCCGUUUAUAGUCAUUUCUCCGAUAACACACAUUAAAUUAACUAAUAAUAUGCUGCAGCUUAUAAGUUAUAAUAACGUAUACCUAUGACAAAGGUUUUGUUCUCGGCGUUAAGACAUAGGCUGCGUCUUUGGCAUACUAUUGUCGUGACAAUAUUAUUGUCUUGUCCUAAUAAAUUAAUUUUGCAUAAAAAAUAAGCCAGACAAAGUAAAUGCGUCGUGAUAUUAUUUUAUGUAGUCAGAUACUUUAGGCUGUAUAAUAAUCAGUACAUAGAGAGUCCCCGUAAGAUACUAUAUAUUAUAUUCAUUAGUCGUUUUAGUAAAUAACUAGUAAUGACCCAAAAACAAUUAUAAACCAUAGAUUGUUAUACUUAGUGUUUACCGGCUUGGUUUCUUUACUGUAAAUAAGUGUGUAGUGAUCCCAUAUUUAUCUAGAUAGUUAAAUUAUUAAUAAUAUUAAUAUUAUCUGUAUUCAAUUAUGUGCUAUAUUUCUUUUGUCAUUAAAAAUGUAUGCAUCGUGACAAAGAGUGCGUGGAUUGUAUAAAAAAAGACAUACGAUCAUUUUUUUUUUUCUAAUUUGUAAAAUAAAGUUAAUGUGUGUAGAACGGUGUCAACACCGUUUACAAGAAAUAUUAGAGCAAACAGUAUUACUAUCAACUUAAAACGUACCCUUAGACUAGUUAGACUUAACAUUUAACAAUAUACUAAAAUAUAAUAUUAUAAUAGUUUACAAUAAAUUUACAUAAUAAUAUAUAAAUAUUAAUAAUAGGUAUGUGUAUUUGGUAAGAAAAUAAUAGUUACCUUAACUAUUUAACUAUACCUUCACUAGCUAUAAUAAACAAAAACCAAACAAUAUUCACGGAAAUCAUUAAUAACGAUUUUAUUGUUGUAUUAAUUACCGUUUCAGUCGUGUAUAGUAUAAAAUAGAAAAAUUAGUUGUGUGACUUGUGUCUGCACGUUAUUAAAUUAUAUAACUAUAAUAUUAUAACAUACAGUCAAAUACUCAAUUUUUUUUUUGUAUACCUAUGUGUAUUAUAUUUAUUAUUUCUAUAUUUUUGUUCAAAGGUUUUCGUGUUGUAAAUGUGAUUUGAUUUAUACCUCGAUUAACGGUAAAUAAGAUUAUAUAUUUAUUAGUGAUAUACAUACCUAUAUACAAUGUAUAUAAAAACUUAUUUAUACAUUAUUGUAGUUGAGAACUUAAUAACUUAUUAAGAAUAUAAUCGUCUUAUACCUUGAGAUAAGUUUUAAAAAAUUAUAAUUUUUUUCUUUUUUAUCUUGUGAUUAUUAGAUCAGUAGACGAUUUCUACCAUAAAAUAUUGUAAAUGUCUUCCUCCUUCUUUUUGUUGGAUAAUAAAGUCUAUAAUUUUAAUAAUUUCUAUUCGAAUAGACAAUAUUCUACUGUUGUGGCCAUGGCCUACGCGUAUUUGUAGUUUUAAUAUUCUAUACAAAUUAUUAUAUUCCUGGACGAUGUGAACGAUUAUUGUAUAAUAUGUUUUCAUCAACCAUGUUGUUUUAAUUUUUAAAAUUUUAUUAGUUAAUUAUAUUUUAAAUUUAUAAAUUUUAUGUAAACAUUAUACAUAGUUAGUUGCGGUUUGUUUCCGCAGAUUAAUCUCAUAAAUGUAUUGAACUAUUAUAUAAUCAAUAAAAUCGAUAUUAAUAAUA